UUUAAGCUGCUAGCAACUACAAAAUAUUAUACCACCUGAUCAUUGCCUGGAGUAUCUGGGGGCAGUCACUCAUUCAAGAAGUGCUUGUCAUGUGCUGUCUGCAAAGGCCAGAGAACACCAACUAAAAGUUAUCCUGAUGGUGACCCUACCCUCCCACCUUGGCCUAUCAGACAAGGUUUAGUCUGCAGUUCUUAAACUCUUGGUGCUGUGAUUGUUUGAUCCAAAAAUGAAAUAUUAGUUGGCCUGGAGAGAGGAUGAAGAGCCUUAUGGUUUGAACUCCCUAGGAGCCUCUCUUAUGAGGAAGAAGUAGACCAGAUCCUCAAGUCAACCAGCUGAAAUCUUUCUCUUCUCAUGGUCCCUGGAGCUGGUGUAUUGUUUUAGUGUUCUUAGUCCUCAGAACACUCUUCUUGCUUGGAGAUGAAAAAGUAGCAUGAUAGGCACUGCCAUUCCAGUAGAACAGAUGAAAGGUUGUAAGGGGGCCGGGGAAAGGAAUCUGAAUCCUUUGGUACUGAGGAUGAAUUUCAGCACAGAGAUCCUAUUCUGAAGCCCUCGACUGCUGUCCCUACUAUACAGUGUCAUUUUAGAUUUAACUCCGAGUAAGGUCUCCUGUGGAGGAAGUUUGUGUCCCCUCCAUGGUGGACACAGUGAUAACCUCCUCAGUAUGUGCUAAAUGUGGUUAUCAAAGGCCUUGUCUACACUGUCAAAUUUCUGCGCAGCAAAGCAGCUUUCUGCAUUGUAACUCCCGAGGUGAACGCACCGCCGAGCCACUUAGAGCACAGAAACUGUACAGUUGCAGCGCUGUAAAAAAACCACCCUGAUGAGAGACGUAGAGCUUUCUGUGCUGGGGCUACAGCGCUGCGGUGCCAGUGUAGACACCCUGAUUGAUUACAGCGCUGCAAUUGGCCUCUGGGAGGUGUCCCACAAUGCCUCUUCUUGCCUCUCUGGUCAUCAGUUUGAACUGUACUGCCCUGCUCUCAGGUGACCAACUGUGAGCCCCACGCCUUAAAUUCCUUGGGAAUUUUGAAAGUCCCCUUCCUGUUUGCUUGGUGAUGCAUGCAGUGGUCUCAGCAUAUCUUUCCCGAUGAUCAUGCCUGCUCCACGCACCAGGGUUGGAGCAAAGCUGAGCUGCUAUACCUCAUCAGCAUUUGGGGAGAGGAGCCUGUCCAGUCGCAGCUGCUCUCCAACCCCAGCCGCGCUCCAGCCAUGGGAAUUAUGACACCUAUGGACAGAUUUCACAAUGUAUGACAGAAAGGGACCAUGACCGGGACACACUGCAGUGCAGGGUCAAAGUGAAGGAGCUGCGGAAUGACUACCAUGAGGCGCAGGAGGCAAAUCACCACUCCAGUGCUGCGCCCAUGAGCUGCCAGCUCUACAAAGAGCUUGAUGCGAUACUCUGUGACCCCCACCUCCACUGCAAAGGCCACUAUGGAUGCUUUGGUGGCUUGUGUGCUAGUCGAGAGUGGACUGAGCCAGGAGAAGGAAAUCUUGGAUGAAGAUGUGGAGCAGGAGGGGGACCCAGAGGCAGAGAGAAACUCUGAGGUCAGAUAUGCAUGCAGUCAGAAGCUCUUCUCUACCCCAGGGGAGGCUAGCCAGUCACAGCGGUCAGAUCUUGGUGAAGCGCAAACAGGAGAGGAGGCCCCUGACGGCCAAUGGAAAUGUGGAAGCAAAGGUGGUGUGUUUCUACAGAAGAAGGGACAUAUCGAGUACGCUUAUUGUACUGGCUGACAAACAUGCAAGGGAAAUGGAAGAAGAGAUGGAAAACCCAGAAAUGGUUGAUUUACCAGAGAAACAGAAACAUCAGCUAAGGCAUAGAGAACUGUUUCUCUCACGACAGCUGGAAUCUUUACCUGCCACACACAUAAGAGGCAAAUGCAGCGUUACUCUGUUAAAUGAGACAGAAUCCCUUAAAUCAUAUCUGGAACGGGAGGAUUUCUUCUUUUAUUCACUAGUGUAUGAUCCACAACAAAAGACUCUCCUAGCUGAUAAAGGAGAGAUUCGAGUUGGAAACAGAUACCAGGCAGAUAUAACAGACUUAUUAAAAGAAGGUGAAGAAGAUGGAAGAGAUCAAUCAAAACUUGAAACAAAGGUUUGGGAAGCAUUUAAUCCGCUAAUAGACAAACAGAUAGACCAGUUCUUGGUGGUAGCACGCUCUGUUGGUACAUUUGCCCGGGCCCUAGACUGCAGUAGUUCUGUCAGACAGCCAAGUUUGCACAUGAGUGCUGCUGCAGCUUCCAGGGACAUCACACUGUUCCACGCUAUGGAUACUUUGCACAGAAAUGUCUAUGACAUUUCCAAGGCGAUCUCUGCCCUCGUGCCACAGGGUGGGCCAGUCCUGUGUAGGGAUGAAAUGGAAGAGUGGUCUGCUUCUGAGGCAAAUCUCUUUGAGGAAGCAUUGGAAAAAUAUGGAAAAGACUUCACUGACAUUCAACAAGAUUUUCUUCCAUGGAAGUCCUUAACCAGCAUAAUAGAAUAUUACUACAUGUGGAAAACUACAGAUAGAUAUGUUCAGCAGAAACGAUUGAAAGCAGCGGAAGCAGAAAGCAAGCUAAAACAAGUGUAUAUACCCAACUAUAACAAGCCAAACCCCAACCAGAUCAAUGUAAAUAAUGUCAAACCAGGAGUGGUAAAUGGUACAGGAGGACAGGCACAGAACACGGGAGCAGGACGGGCCUGUGAAAGCUGCUAUACCACACAGUCUUACCAGUGGUAUUCUUGGGGUCCCCCUAACAUGCAGUGUCGUCUCUGUGCAUCCUGUUGGACUUACUGGAAGAAAUAUGGUGGCUUGAAAAUGCCAACGCGAUUAGAUGGAGAGAGACCAGGACCAAACCGCAAUAAUAUGAGUCUUCAUGGUGUGCCAGUGCGAAACAGUGGGAGCCCCAAAUUUGCCAUGAAGACACGACAAGCCUUCUAUCUGCAUACAACAAAACUGACAAGGAUUGCCAGACGCUUGUGUAGAGAGAUCUUGCGUCCUUGGCAUGCAGCAAGACAUCCCCACCUGCCUAUCAACAGUGCAGCAAUCAAAGCAGAAUGCACAGCACGCUUACCAGAAGCAUCAGAAAAUCCAUUGUUGUUAAAGCAAGUUGUUCGAAAGCCUUUAGAAGCAGUACUCCGGUAUUUAGAAUCUCAUCCAUGUCCUCCGAAACCAGACCCUGUAAAGAGUUUGUCCAGUUCUCUUAACAAUCUGACUCCUGCCAAGUUCACACCUGUCAUAAACAAUGGAUCCCCAACUAUCCUGGGAAAAAGAAGCUAUGAACAACACAAUGGGAUGGAUGGGAACGUGAAGAAGCGCCUAUUGAUGCCUAGCAGGGGUCUGCCUAACCACGGACAAACCAGACAAAUGGGACCAAGCCGAAACUUGCUGCUCAAUGGGAAAUCAUACCCAACAAAAGUCCGAUUAAUUCGUGGUGGAUCCAUGCCUCCAGUGAAAAGGAGGAGGAUGAAUUGGAUUGAUGCUCCGGAUGAUGUGUUUUAUAUGGCCACUGAGGAAACCAGGAAAAUUCGCAAGCUGCUUUCAUCCUCUGAAGCGAAGCGAGCCGCCAGACGCCCUUACAAGCCCGUUAUCCUCCAGCCAGUCCAGGCAGUCCAGUUACGACAGCCCAUGAAUGAUGAACCCAUAAUCAUUGAGGAUUAAAAGAAACUGAGCAGCCCUCACAAUGCCAGUGGGUCUGCCUGAAAGAAUCUCUCUUCCGAUACACACUUGAGGUUUUUAUGGCUACGGUGUUGAAUGAACUGCUGAAGACUGGAAAACUUUAAGGAACUGUUCUGCAUCUUUUAAAUCCCUAAAAGGAACUCAGCCCCAUCUGAGCCCUGAUGACCACAGACUGUGCGCUCAAUCUCUUGCGCAUGCUCUUUCCUCUCCUCUCCUCUCCUCUCCUCUCCUCUCCCUUUUUUAUUUUUGGUAGCCUAUUUUCCCCUCUUGCUUGUAGAUUACUCUGCCUUUUUGUAGACAUGUGGGAAGGAAGGUCAGUUUAACUUAUUAAGAGAACGUGGAAUAGUAAUUUUUAGCUUUGUUUCCUCUGACCUUUGAAGAGCUAGACUCCUUUGUUUUGUGACUGAGCUCUCAUUGCUAACCAUUUUUACAAGGCUGUGUUGUAAGAUUUUUGUGUGUGUGUGUGUGGACGGUGCCAUUUUUUUCUUUUUUGUUAUUUCUUUUGUAGAUAAAGUUCUGAUCUGUAACUCAGAUAUUUGGAAAUAGAGGAUUUGAAAGCCAGCUACAGGUUCAGCUAGUUUUCUUGGUCCUGUCCCUUGUGUUUUUUGGAUAAUUUGGCAUGGCCAAUUUUGCUUGUCCUCAGGCACAAGACAGAAACAACUCAGGCUGAAAAAGGAGUGAGCUAAGAACUGAAGAAUCUUGCAGAACAUUACACUAACGCUGAAGAACUGAGGCCAGGUUACUGUAACUAGCUGUUUUAUUCCAGUCAGUCCCAGGGAGAUCUGGCCUGUGGCGUUUUUCACAGUAACCAGAAUUUUGUGUGCUGCCUUCUGUCUGCUUCUGGAAUCCUACGUGCUAUUAUAACAACAAGGACCAGCAGUAGGCCCUCUAGUGCAACUAGUGUAAUGAAUUGCUUUUCUCUGGCUCCAAGAGUCAGGUCCACUGAUGCCCAGGGACAUUUUGCUUUGAAUUCUGAACCUAUUUGUGCAUCAGUGUUUUUUGAACACACCUCUCCACAGGAAGCCUGGUUUCUGUUACAUUACAUUACUGUACAUUUCCCAUUUUGAAGGGAAUUUCAAAUUAAAUUACAACUGGGUUUUAAUUAGAACAGACUGUGUCUGAAAUUGUUUUCCUCUUGACAUUUUUGUGUUUGAGGUUUUUCUUUUUUUGCAUCUCCUGAACUUAUUGUGUAUUAGCAAGUCUGUAAUUUUUUUCGUAUGUCUUCUCAUGGCAGUGCAUUUGCUUAAUGCCCUGCUUUGUUUUGACAGGUUGUAAACUAUCAUUUGCAACUUGUGUUGAUCUGUACAUGUACCUGCCUCAAACAGACACAGCAUGUAAUAAUGCCCAAGUCAUUCCACAUGUGUCAGCAGUGAGAUGAGCCAAAGUUGUAUUUGGGUUAUCACAGUCCAGCCGUGAUUCUGUGCAACACUGCUACCCCUUUGGGUGAGGUCAAAAGGAAUCUCCGCAGAACAAAAACAGUUCAGUUAACUUUGCUUAAUAAACCUGGAACCCGAGCUUUUGUGAAA